AUGGACCUGCUUGACUUCGCUGACGACUACCAACAAACCCACCCAAAUGCUAACAAGGAUGAGAUCAGAGCGGCAUACCAGGAAUACCUUAAAGAACAACAAGUAGUCAGCAGGACCAGCAGUAAAUCGAAACAAUUCAUAUUUGACGUUGACGGCAGCACAGCCACCAAGGCCGCUUUUUAUGAGCAAACAUAUAUCGACAGACAUGGGGUUCUUCAGACCUUUCUUGAUCACAUAAACGAUUCAUUGAAUAAAUGGGACACAGUAAAAUAUCAUUCACCAUUGGUAGCUCUGGUGCAAGCAUCGACUAUAGGAAAGUCAAAAAUGUUAUGGGCAGCAGCAGAGCGCGUCUAUACGGUUUACGUAUGUCUUCGCAACAAAGGAUCAUCUGGUAUCCCUCCUCGAUCAACUAUUUCAGAUAAACUGUGUACAUUUGUUGACGAUCAGACAGCAUUAUUCACGUAUGUUACGUUCAUUUGUUCGACAAUGAGACAUCUAACGAGCUUUAAAAGUAACAAGACAGAUUGGUUUAAAGCCCAUACCUCGAAUAAUCAGUUGGAAUUUUGGAAAGUUAUUGAAGAGGGAAUGAAGAAUUGCAUGGACGAUAUUCGAAACAUAAUUGGCAACAGAAAAGAUUAUGGUGAAGUGGAAUGGCAUUCCAUCAAGCAGUUAGUCAAGACAUGUUGGGAUUCUUUGAAAGAAACGUUAAACAGUGAUGAACCAGAAAGCGGAAUACAAUUAUUAUUUGUAUUCGAUGAAGCCAAAAUAUUGACUGAAGGAGAAACAAACUCUACCCUACCUACGUACGAAUCAGGAGGCCGUGCAUUUGCUAUCGUCACUGAUACAGCAUCAAAAAUAUCAAACUUUGCUCCAUCAGCUCGUCGUGACCCUUCUUGGCGCGUUCAGAAGAACAGAUUAGCCCUGUAUCCGCCGUUUUAUUAUAUUGCCACAUUGGACACUUUCAUGACACAAGAAACAGAACCAAAGACGUUAAAGCAAGUGGCAUUACCGCAGUACUUCUUUCAUUAUGGGCGGCCUCUUUGGGGUGGAUUACUCAAAGCUACAGAUGCUUACACAAGUAAGCAAGUGUUAAGGCCUGAAAAGAUACUAGAAAUAGCGAAAAGCAAGUUGAUUGGAGGUCUUGACCUUGAAGAUUGGAUUACGAAGAAAUAUAAUGAGAAAAUAACAAUAUCAGAAUCUGUUGCAGUCCUUGGACCACGAUUGUGUAUCGAUGUUGUGCCCCAGACUGAAUUGGCCGCGGAUCUCGUUGCUAGUUAUAUGAGCUUGUGCUACUACAUAUCUGAUACCCGUGAGUCAGUUAUGAUCGAUUAUCCAUCGGAUCCAGUACUAGCAGAAGCAUCAGCUCGUAUAACAAACAAUACUAAUAAAAUCGGGUUAGUACACUAUGUUCACGCACUCAUUGGUGCUCUCCGAGAAGGAUCAGUCGAAGGUGGAUACAGGGGAGAGUUAGUUGCCCGAUUGAUCUUGACAAUGGCGUGGGAUAAAGCCUGUGUUGAGCAUGGUUACACGAAGGAAGCAAAUAUGUUCUCACGUCCAAUGACAUUGCAGCAAUAUUUCCAAGCCCUCUUUUCUUCAACAGUUUGGCAGGCACUUCAAGACAAACUUUCCUCGGAAUUACAAACUGCAAGAAUUAGGUUCACCCAUUUUAUUCGUGUUACAUAUACGCCAUCUCCAAAACAGCUUCUCGAGUUCUUUUGA